AUGAGUUACCCACAAAGCUUUGCCCAAGAGUUUCUUAGGCGAUUAGAGGCCGCGCCCUCCUCCCGUGACGACAUUCCACGGUACAAAACCCAUUACGUGUCGGAACGGCAGCUGCUCGUCACAAGCAGCCAACCGGCAGGCUUCCAGCUAGGCACAGGCGCUUCCAUCUUCACAGGCAGUCUAAUUCCCGCCAUCGUCUCGGCUCAGCACGAGGUCAUCUUCGUCACCUGCUUCUGGGCGCCAUCCAAGGCCCUGAAGGCUCUUUGCGACGCGCUCUCAAAGCUUGCAGCACAUCGCCUGGCGGCAAUAAAAGAGGGACGCGACUUGCGCAGAGGAGCAAAUGCCAUCCCACCCUUGGAAGUCCGCAUCUGUCUGUCUUCGCGAUCUCUGCUUCAGAAACUACUGCACCCUCAAUCGCGCGAUGGUUACACGUACCCACCGUCGUCAUGGCCAGAGAAACUCGGCCUGCCCGACGCGGCUCUUCUCGGGGCUGCAGGAAUCCAUGUUCGAGUCAAGAGCCUCUUCUUCCUUCCCUUCAGCGUGAUGCACCCCAAGUUUGUCAUAAUCGACAGGCAACGUGCAUUCCUGCCGAGCUGCAACGUCAGUUGGGAGUCGUGGCUUGAGGGCUGUGUCGAGAUUACCGGAGAGGCUGUCGAGGCGCUGCUGUCGUUCUACUCGCGCACUUGGGAUCAAGCGCACCCGUCCCGCCAGCUCCUCCAUGAUCGUGGGUCGGUCUUCGACAUGGACGGAGCAAGCCUUGUGUCGGCUUCAAGCAGGGCUGACUGUCGCGUCGAAUUCCAGCCCGGGGGCACGCUUCCGACACUUGUUCUUCCUUCCUCUUGCCACCGCAACCCGCGCUUCCGUCCAUUUCCAUGGCAAAAGGCUCCGACACCGCCUCGCACGCCUCUCAACAUUGCGCUGCUCCAAGUCUUCGAGCAAGCGCGCGAGUCCAUCUACAUACAGACACCCAACCUCACAUGCGAGCCCGUCAUCGCGGCACUGCUGGAUUCUCUGGCUAGAGGCGUCGACGUUGUUAUCGUCACUAACCGCAACAUGAUGUUACUCGAGCAACUCGUCACGGCGGGCACCACCACGUCCUGGUCCAUUCGAUCCCUCCUCCGACGAUUCCGUCGGCUCAAGGAGACUGCGGGCACGGGGGCUGCGCAUCGGGAUCUCGAGGCGGGUCGUCCAGCUCUCGGACAUCUCCGGAUCUCAUACUUCCAUGCUAGGUCGUCUCAGGCAGACUCUGUUUCACACACUCGAGAGGGGCGACCUCUGAUGUCGGUCGCGUCCCAGGAGGCGGAAGAGCCUGUGCACUCGCACCUUAAGCUGACACUUGUCGAUGGAGAGUAUGCGAUGCUCGGGUCAGGGAAUAUGGACCGGCCGAGUUGGUUCACCAGCCAAGAGCUUGGUAUCCUGUUCCACAGUCACGACUUCUGUACGGGGGUUAGGGCCGCGGUGGAUGGCGUCCUAGAGGAAAGACUCGAGCUGGUUUUUGACUCAAAUGAUAGUAGGUGA